AUGAGUGACUGGAGAGUCGGGGAUCCAGAGCGAGGUGCCGGACAGACUGUUAACAGCUGCUGUCUAGUGUUGAUGCUGAGAGAGUCCAGUUCUUGUGUUGCUGUCAUGGGCUCCAGGGCUGUGCUGCUGUCCCUCCUGCUGGCGUCUCUGAGCUGCUCCAGAGGAGCCGUCAUCACGGGGGCCUGUGAGAGAGACCUGCAGUGUGGUUUUGGUCUUUGCUGUGCCGUCAGUCUGUGGCUGAGGGGCCUGAGGAUGUGUGUCCCGAGAGGUGUAGAAGGGGACGAAUGCCACCCCUUUAGCCACAAGGUGCCCUAUCUGGGUAAAAGACAACACCACACCUGCCCCUGUCUCCCCCACUUGGUGUGCACCAGUUACGGUGAAAGCAAGUACAGAUGCACUGACGACUUCAAGAACCUGGACUUUGCUGACGCUCAGGCAUUCAGGUGAAGAAGAGCGUAGCAGAAACAGCAUUCAGAGUGAAGACUUGACCAGGCUGUGGCUUAGAAACACAUAUUUAAUCUUCACAUGCUGUAUUCUUCAUUUGUGUACUCUAUGCACUGUAACACAUUUGGAUUCUGUCAAUCCACACACCGAGGAGAGAAAGAGUUUAACCUUUUAACAAGACCCACAGCAGACAUCAGACACUUUUUAAAAGACGAAGAAGCUGUUUGUGAACAACUGAAAUGUUUGCUGUUUUGUUUUCAUGCUGAUUUUAUGUUAAUUUAUCAAGAGAAAUGUUUAAAUAUGAUUGUCAAUAAAAGUAUAAUCGCAACAUUGUUGUCGAACAUGUGCUCCGAGAUGUUUUAUUUUCCAUGUUCAGUUUAUUUUGGUUGAUUAAACAUAGUGUGUGUGUUAUGGGAUGUCACAUGGUUUUAAUCACGGUCUGAUUAUGAUAAAACAUGUGCAAACCCAUAACCUUGAUAUGUAACAGAACUGUCGACCUCCCUGACUGACUUGUGCCAAAUAUUUGACUACUGCUGAUGUGAAUUAAAGGUCGAUUCCGUCACAACAUUUACAAAAGAAUAUUCAGGUUGUUUUAUUUGUCGUUAUUCUUUCUUUCUAGAUAGAAGUUGGGGCA